AUGAAUAGAGACACUCCUGACUGCCUCAAAGAGCAGAGGGCCCCUACUGCCUCGCAGGGCAGAAGACCCCACCUGCCUCUAAGGGCAGAUAACCUCAUCUGCCUCAAAGGGCAGAGAACCCUGCCUCCCUCAAAGGGCCGAGAACCCCACUUACCUCAAAGGACAGAGGACCAAGACCCUCACAGGACAGAGAACCCCAUCUGCCUCAAAGGGCAAAAGACCCUACAUGGCCCCGCCUCCUGCAAAGGGCAGAGGACCCUUCCUACCUCCAAGGGCAGAAGACCCCAGCUGCUGCAGAGGGAGAGGACCAUGCCUGGUGCAAAGGGCAGGACCCUGCCUUCCUCCAAAAGGCCCGAGGACCCUGCCUUCCUCAAAUGGGCAGGACCCUGCCUUCCUCAAAAGGCCCGAGGACCCUGCCUUCCUCAAAAGGCAGAGGACCCUGCCUUCCUCAAAAGGGCCGAGGACCCUGCCUUCCUCCAAAGGGCCCGAGGACCCUCCUUCCUCAAAAGGGCAGAGGACCCUGCCUUCCUCAAAAGGGCAAGAGGACUGCCUUCCUCAAAGGGCAGAGGACCCCUGCCUUCCUCAAAGGGCAAAGGUGCCCGCCCUUCCUCAAAGGGCAGGGAGGACCCUGCCUUCCCUGAAAGGCAGAGGACCUUGUCUUUCCUAAAAGGGCGAGGACUGCCAUCUUCCCUAAAGGGCAGGGCAGAGAAACCCUGCCUUCCUCAAAGGGCAGAGGACCCUGCCUUCCUCAAAGGGCGGAGGCCCUGCCUUCCUCAAAGGGCAGAGGGCCCUGCCUUCUUUCAAAGGGCAGGGGACCCUGCCUUCCUCAAAGGGCGAGGAUCCUGUGUUUCCUCAAAGGGCCGAUGGGACCCUGUCUUCCUCAAAGGGCCGAGGACCGGUCUUCCCUCAAAAGACCGAGGACCCCUGUCUUCCUCAAAGGGCAGAGGACCCUGCCUUCCUCAAAGGCAGAGGACCCUGCCUUCCUCCAAAGGGCAGAGGACCCUCCCGUUCCUUUCCUCAAAGGGCAGAGGACCCUGCCUCCUCAAAGGGCCCGAGGACCCGUCCUUCCUUCCAAAGGGCCGAGGACCCUGCCUUCCUAAAGGGCAGAGGACCCGUCUUCCCUCAAAGGGCAGAGGACCCUCCCGUCUUCCUCAAAGGGCCAGGGCAGGACCCUGCUUCCUCAAAGGGCAGAGGACCCUGCCUUCCUCAAAGGGCAGAGGGCCCUGCCUUCUCAAAGGGCAGGGGGACCCUGCCUUCCUCAGAGGGCGGACCCCGCCUUUCCUCAAAGGGCAGAGGACCCCUCCUUCCUCGAGGGCAGAGGACCCUGCCUUCCCUCAAAGGGCAGAGGGACCCGCCUUUCCUCAAGGGCAGAGGACCCUGUCUUCCUCAAAGGGCCGAGGGACUCUGUCUUCCUCAAAAAAGGGCGAGGACCCUUCUUCCUCCAAAGGGCCGAGGGACCCUGCCUUCCUCAAAGGCAGAGGAACCCUUUCUUCCUCAAAGGGCCGAGGACCCGCCUUCCUCAAAGGGCAAAGACCCUUUCUUCCUCAAAGGGCAGAGGACCCUGUUCCCCCUUCCUCAAAAGGCGAGGACCCUGCCUUCCUCAAAAAGGCCCGAGGACCCCUGCCUUUCCUCAAAAGGCAAGUUACCCUGCCUUCCUCAAAAGGCAGAGGACCCUGCCUUCUCAAAAGACCGAGGACCCUGCCUUCCUCAAAAGGGCGAGGACCCUGCCUUCCUCAAAGGGCCGAGGACCCUGCCCUUCCUCAAAAUGCAGAGGACCCUGCCUUCCUCAAAGGGCCGAGGACCCUGCCAUUCCCAAAAGGCAGAGGACCCUGCCUUCCUCAAAGGGCCGAGGACCCUGCCUUCCUCAAAAGGCAGAGGACCCUGCCCUCCUCAAAGGGCAGAGGACCCGGCCUCUUCCCAAAGGGCAGAGGACCCGUCUUCCUCAAAGGGCCGAGGACCUCCCUGACUUCCUCAAAGGGAGAGAAAACUCGCCCCCUCCAAAGGGCAGAGGACCCUGCCUCCUCAAAGGCAGAGGACCCUGUAUCCUCAAAGGGCCAAAAGAGGACCCUGCCUUCCUGGGCAGCCCAGGGAGUUUACCUGGGCUUUCCUCCAAAGGGCAGACCCGAAACCCUCAUUCCUCGAGGUCCAAAGGGAGAACCUCCUAAAGGGCCUCUCAAAUGA